UCGAGAUAUUCUGUAAAAUUGCCCGUAUGACUCGAACGGAAAUUUCCACGCCCGGUUGUGGUACUAUUACCAAAUUGGUGGUCAGCAUAGACAGCGGCGAAACCUUUAUAACUUAUUCAGAUGCCACAACACGAUCCUUCUGCUCGAAUCCCACUUGGUUGAACCUCCAAAAUGGUAUGAUGGAGCAAGGCCCAGUAGUUGAGCCAAACUCCCAAAACUAUCAAAAGGAGGUGGCUGCCUUUUUAGAGCGGCAUUUUGGAAGGAAUCCCCAAGUCAAAGCUUCAAUGGCAACUCACCAGAGUCUGGCGUCCAAUAAUUUGAAGUUAUGGAAAAGUAUUGAAGAUUUCCAGAAAAGCGAAUCUACUAUUUGGCAUACUUGGUUGGUGGAGAAGGUUAGAUUUCCGCCAACCCAGUGUGCGGUGAUAAAGGAAUGGAUUGAUCCCUUCACGGAAACUCUGGAGAGUGGCUUUUGCUCCUGGCAUUUGAAGAACUGUAUGGCCUGGCAGCUUAUUACCAGCAAUAGAAAAAAGGAGGCCAAGUGUUUCUGUUUGCGCAUUAAGAAUAUCAUGGACAUUGCCAACAAUCUCGUCGAUCCGGAAGUGGAACAGAAUGGACCUCUGGUUUCCGCAUUGACCGAGCAAGUGUUGAAUGCCACUGAUAUGCUGAAAAAACUGAACAAUCUUCUAGAACGCCAGGAGAAAUGCAAUCGACGGUAUAUACGGCUAUAUAAAGUAGAGGAAAUCGAAAGACUGUGAUUGGAGUGCUGACCCCUUGAUGUCUGCAUAGAUUGUAUUUAUUUUAUUAAAACAUUUCUGUUGUAUUUCCAUA